UUUUUUUGGGUUUGGUCCUGAACAUUGAUCAUCACAGACAGACAAUUGCUCGCUGGUCAACCUUACUAUAAUAACUGCACUACACUCCGCGUCGACUUCCGCUAGACAAGACGACAGUACGCGCUUCUCACUUCCACUUCGGCCCGCAUUAGUCGAUCCUCCACUCUCCCGCCACUCCACACGAAGGGCCGUUCGACAAGCACCCCGAGGCCGGUCCUCCCCUUCCCCUUCUUACGGUUCCCGCCCAUCUUCUCCCGCUCCACCGCUCCACAAUGCCGCCUCUCAGCCCUCUCCAAAUCUCCCAGCUCGAAGAGUACGGCCAAAAUCACUACGGCGAGAAUAAAGAACGCGCCUUCGUCCCCAUGCUUUUAGGGUUUGCCCUGACAUGCUCAUUCUUUGGACUGUUGGUGCUGCAGGUCUUGUUUUGGGUGUGGAGGACGGCGAAGAGGGAUUGGUGGGUCAUUAAAGUCGUCGUUGCACAUGUAUUCAUGGCGGCGACGGCAUACAUGGCGCUUGAGUUCUACUGGAUAUCGCAGAAUUUCGCGACGGGCUUUGGGACGUACUAUCGGCUCUACAAGUUUUCACCUAUUGCCAAUUUCUUCCUCAUUACCACCGUCAUGCAGACGCCUGUUUCUGGCUUCUUCUCUCUGAGAGCGUAUAGGUUGACGAGGGGGAAUCUUUACUCUGCUAUCAUCCCGAACGUCCUCUUACUUAUAUCAUUUGGAAGCUGUAUCGCCCUCCGUAUCGUCGCCCCCGAAUACGCCACCCACAUUGCGUAUAGCAACCACCCAGUCACGCUCUCCAUGUUGCUCGUCUGGGCGGUAACAGCGAUGAUAGCGGAUUUGAUCGUAACGUUCACCAUCACAUACGCGUUGUUGCAGUCCAAGCUUGGUUUUACGGGCUUUGUGAGGACUGAUAAACUUAUCAAGAAAGUCAUCAUUAUAUCGGUCGAAGCGCAAGUGAUACCGACACUAACCUCGCUGGCGUUUCUCAUUACGUUCGUUACGACGCCUUCGACGGAGAUCUCUGCUUUCUGGCUGUUUUCGCCACUGAUGUACCCGAUAGCGUUUAUGGCGGUGCUGAAUUCGAGGAAGGGAUUGGCGAGGCAGUUGGCGCCGAGGUUGGGGCAGGUUGCCGACCCCUCCCAAAUCCCAACGCUACUCACAUCCUCUUCCAACCUCACUUACGACCACCCCGGCUUCGAAGGCGUACUACCGCAGCUAGACAAGUCGCCAGAGCAGAGCGGAAGGGUUCAGGCGGGGGAGGUGGCGGCGCUUCCGGCUUGCUUGAAGGUUGCUCGGGAGGGAGAAGGAUAUGUCAAGGAAGAGAAAAAAGAGAUGGAAUGGAAGAGCGAGGAAGGGAGACGAGAUGAGAAGGCGGAGCGGGAAAAGGAGGAGCGGAUAGGGAUGGGGCAGAGGCUGAGUAGGCUGAGGUUUGAUGAUAUUAUCUCUGCGUCGGGGUCGAGAAUGGGGACGGUAUCGGGCGCGGACUCUGUGGGAUCGGUAGAUGUCGUGCUGGGGGGUGAUAUUGGCCGGCCAUGAUUGCGCGAGCGAAGGUUGGGUCAGUGACUUGUUGUUCUCAUAGCAUCGUAAUACAUAGCAUCGUAACACACAUAUAAUUCCGUAAUCAUGAUAGUCUUAUAGCUCUUGGUACAGCACAUAAAGUACGAAUCUAGUCGAGAGCGAAUGUGACAUCUACGCUGAGGAUCAUGGACGCGAAUAGAUACUGGCAUGUCGACUCCAAGCAUCGCUCACUGCACCAUAUGUGCUGCGCAUGAUUCAAUAUGUCGUCCA